AUGAGUCUUGUUGGCUAUCCGACCUUGUCUCCCCCCUCUCUGGCGCCAGCUCUCGACAUGCGCUUGCCGCAUCUGCUUGUGAAUGUGCGUGAGGACGGCCAUCACAAACCUGCAGAUCAGGUGCGGGAGUUUAUCUUGUGUUUCCAGGACAUCCCUCUAUCUCUGCCGGUGCACCAAGUGCUUCGAAUGAUUGAGGUGCAGCUGUUGGGAGCUCUGCGCGAGCAAUCCAAAAGAAAGAUGGAUCCGCAAUCAGCACAACUGGUCUUGGCAAAUGCCGGCAUGACCAUGGUGGACAACAUGCGCGGUGACUUUCACGUGAUGCAGGCAGAGCCAGCCGGGCGCCGUCGGGGUCCCAGCCGGGCGUCGGAGCCACAGGCCCAGUUCCUGACGCCGGAGGAGCGGUCAACCCAGGAGGAGGCAGAGCGGGAGCGUGCGGCGCUGCGCGCUCAGGUGCGGUCCAGGGUCCGGAUGCUUCGGUCCACCGGCGAGAGGGUGGACUCCGAUGAGGAGCUGGAUAAGGCGGAGAGGGAGCGCGGCUGGACCCUUCCGUCCGGGUGGCGUGCUGAGCAGCCCAGCUUGGUCGAUUUCCUUCCGCCGUAUUUCAACCGCGAAGGGAAGCCCGAGCUCUUCAACCUGGUCUCGGGCGAUGCGCAUCGUUUCUGGGAGGUGCUGGGCUGUCCUGAUAAGCUCUUGAACCCCACGAGCGUGGCAAACGGCCAGAUCCUCUACGGCCUUGUGGAGGCUAAGGCCAAGCUUUGCGAGGAGCUGUGGAGGAUAUACCAGGGCAAGCCACGGAAAGGCGCCGAUCUCAAGGCAGAGGCCCGGACCGUUUUCGAUCAUCCACAGGCUGCUCAGGGGUGGGGACAGACCUCGGGCCGCGUGGCCAAUCCGGUUCAUGACGUGGUGGUCAGAGCUCAAGUGAUGGGAGCUCCGGAAGAGAUCCGGGCAAAGGCGCAAGCAGUUCUGGAGGAGUUGGAUCAGCUCGUGCAGCGCGUGCACGGAGACUGCGCCACAACGCCCGAGGCAGGGCCAGAGGAGGAGGAGCUCAGGGCAGCUCUUUACACUGCACUCAAGGACCAGAAGGCUCAGCUUUUGCUGGAGUGGCAUCCCGACAAAGGCCGCACGGGCAAGAGUCCUCAAGAAGCGAAGUCCAUGACACAGCUGCUCAUCCCGUUGUUUCAACGUAUCUUCAAAGUGCUUGGCCGAGAGGAGGUCAGGAAUGGCAUUCUGCCCAACUAG